AUGGCCCCAGCUGCGGAGAGCGCUUCACCAAUUGGCAUUGCCAACCUCCCCAACCAGCGACACAAGAUUGUCGCUAAGCGUGGAGCCAGCUUCACCAUCAUGGUUGCUGGCGAAUCGGGCCUGGGAAAGACCACGUUCAUCAACACUCUCUUCUCCACCACCAUCAAGAACUAUGCCGACCACAAGCGUCGGCACCAGAAGCAGGUGGACAAGACGGUCGAGAUUGAGAUCACAAAGGCCGAGCUGGAGGAGAAGUUUUUCAAGGUUCGCCUGACUGUCAUCGACACCCCUGGAUUCGGUGACUACGUCAACAACCGCGACUCCUGGAUGCCCAUCAUCGAGUUCCUCGACGACCAACAUGAAUCGUACAUGCUUCAGGAGCAGCAGCCUCGCCGCCAGGACAAGAUUGACCUUCGCGUCCACGCCUGCCUGUAUUUUAUUCGCCCUACUGGCCACACGCUGAAGCCCCUCGACAUCGAAGUUAUGAAGAGACUCAGCUCUCGCGUUAACUUGAUCCCUGUCAUUGCCAAGGCCGACACUUUGAGCCCAGCUGACCUGGCCAGAUUCAAGCAAAGGAUCAUCUCCGUCAUCGAGGCCCAGAACAUCAAGAGCUACCAACCACCCAUCGAAGAGGACGAUGAAGCUGCCGCCCAGCACGCUCGAAGCCUCAUGGCUGCUAUGCCUUUUGCCGUCAUCGGCUCUGAAAAGGAUGUCAAGACCAGCGACGGCCGCAUCGUCAAGGGUCGUCAGUACUCCUGGGGCGUCGCCGAGGUCGAGAACGAGGACCACUGCGACUUCAAGAAGCUCCGAUCAAUCCUGAUCCGAACCCAUAUGCUCGAUCUCAUCCACACCACUGAGGAGCUGCACUAUGAAGCCUACCGUGCUCAGCAGAUGGAAACUCGCAAGUUUGGCGAGGCUCGUCCCCGUAAGCUGGACAACCCCAAAUUCAAGGAGGAGGAGGAGGCUCUCCGCAAGCGCUUUACCGAGCAAGUCAAGAUCGAGGAGCAGCGAUUCCGACAAUGGGAGCAGAAACUCAUUGCCGAGCGCGACCGUCUCAACAAGGAUCUCGAACAAACCCACGCCCAGAUCAAGCAGCUGGAAACCGAGCUCGAGCAGAUGCAAGGCAGUGCCGUCCGCAGCCACGGCCGCCGCUAG